ACACCCAUAUUUCCCUUCUCUCUACAACACCCUUCUGCAAACUUUUUAUAUACCUAAACACAUAUACAUAUAUAUAUAUACACGUAUAUAUUAUUUGUAACUUAAGAGUAAAAAGAAAUCUGGGUCUGGUAGUUAUUUUGAUCUUCUUUUUUGUUUGGUCCUUUUAGUUUUUUUUUUUUUGCUUUUCUGGUUUUUAUAUUUUAUUAAUGGAGAAAAUGGGAGAAUGGGAACAAAGGAGUUUGGUGAGUGAGUUAACUCAGGGAAGAGAGGUAGCUAGGCAACUUCAAGCACAUCUUAAUGGUGCUUCUUCUUCUUCUUAUGAUAUUGAAACUCGUGAAGUAUUAGUUCAAAAGAUUGAAGCUUCAUAUGAGAAAGCACUUUCGAUUUUGAAUUGCAAUGUUAACACUUCGUCGGCGUCGGCGGUUGUGCCACUAACGCCGGUGAUCAGAAUGCCGGAGUCACCGAAUUCUCGCUGUGGAAGUCCACCGAGUGAAGACUCUGACCGGAGUUUCAGAGUUUCCGAUGCUUCCAAGAAAAGAAAAGCACCGAGAUGGACACAAGAAGUCCGAGUAACACCUGGGACAGCCCUGGAGGGACCUCUUGAUGAUGGUUUCAGUUGGAGGAAAUACGGACAAAAAGACAUUCUCGGCUCUAGAUUUCCCAGAGGCUACUACAGAUGCACACAUCGAAACAUCAAUGGUUGUUUAGCAACAAAGCAAGUACAAAGAUCAGACGAUGACCCAACAAUCUUUGACAUUACUUACGUCGGAACCCAUACUUGUCGUAACGUAACCUCACAUCUAAUGUCUGAAAAAAACCAAGAACAAGGACCCUCUGCUUCCUCAAUGGCAGCCGUUGAACCACAAUCAUCAUCAUCAUCUCAAGAUCUACUUCUUAACUUCCAGAAAGGCCUUAAAGUUAAAACCCAAGAUUUAGAGGAUCAAACAUACGCUUCAUUAAUCCCUUAUACUUCAUCAACGUCAAACGUUGUGUUUUCAUGGCCUUCGGUGAUCGACAACAACCGUAAUUUCGUAUCGCCGGCAACAUCGGGGACUGACUUUGGUUUUGGAACUUGUGAUGAUCAGAUUAUUCAAGCUUCUGCUGCUGCUUCGGUAACGAGCUCGCCCACUGUUGGCUUGGAUCAUUUCCAUCAGUUGGAUGGAAAUUUCACAUUUGAUAAUAAUGGCUUCUUUCGCCAUGGAUAGUGCUGAGAAAGUUCUGUUUCAUUGCAUGUACUUUGAGAAAAUGAUGACUACUUUUCCUCAGUUUCGAAGAAGGUUUUCUUUUUUUAAGGUGGUAGAUUUUCUUAUAGCAAAUGAAGGCUACUUCUUUUCCAAUGUUAUAAUAUUUUUCUUCAACAGGAUUUGAAUCAAAAUUAAGAAUAAAAAAUCACGAAUGAAA